AUGACUGCGCCCGGUGACGGUGACUUGGAGGCUGUGUGCCUUGUGAACGGUGGACUUCGGGUGGUAUGCUCCUGCUCUUCCGAGGGCCUCGCCGUUUACGACCCGAAUGACUUGGAAGACGCCAAAAACAAGAUAGGUGGCCUCGCGUUUUCUCUGCACACGUGUGUGGCCUUAGGGGAUGACUUUGUAAUCACCGCCGGCGAGACGGGUCAAGUCCUAGUAGCCCAAGUCUCCUCGCUGCGAUGGAUCGGCGUCUUUGACGAACUCAACAUUGCACCACCCACCACAACUGGCGAGCCAGAGAAAAAACAAGUUGCUGCACCAGAGCCACAAGGUAUCGCUGCCAACGACGUUAUGGCUCUGGAUGAUGCAUCAUCGGAAGAGGAUGAAGAACUCAGCAGAAAGCUACUAUCCGUAGACUCCAUUGUCGUUGACCGGGCUAAGACCGUCGCGGCAUUUAUUGACAAUUGCUACGGCCUCGUAAUCUUCAGACAUCUUGAUGCAGCCUUCCGCAUCAUCCAAGGUGUGGAUGUGGGAAAGAGAACCAAUUAUGCGGAGUUCAUGGACGAGCUCUGA